CGCUAUAGAAAAUUGUGAUUACCCCGUGUUGACAGCACUAUAAAAAUCGUUAAUUCCUCGCGUUACACAGACGCUAUAGAAAAUUGUGAUUCCCCCGUGCAGAAGCACUAUAAAAUUUGUAAAUUCCCCACUUUACGCAGUCGCUAUAGAAAAUUGUGACUUCUCGUGCAGGCGGGCACUAUAAAAUUCGUAAAUUCCUCGUGUUACACAGACGCUAUAGAAAAUUGUGACUUCUCCGUGCAGACAAGCACUAUAAAAUUCGUAAAGUACCAUUUCGUCCGCAUUGAUAAUAACCAACAAGGAAACUUUGAGUCUUUUAAUAUUGAUAAUUGCGAUUCUUACUCGUAUUUUUUAUCUAAAUUUUUAAAUUAUUACAAAUUUGUGAGUAUUCACAUCGACUCAACGGGCUUGGCAGUUGCCAUUCUAAGAAUGGUUCAAAGUUGCGUUGCAUGCCAUGGUAUUUUUUGAUGGAAUUUUGGGUAUCGUAAUCCUCAUUUAAUUAGUUCAAUAGAGCUGAUUCAAUGUGAUGCGUGAGAUUGCCUCUCCAUUGAAUAAAAAAAAAACAUUUCAUUAUCAUAAUUGUAAUUAAUUACAAUAGUGAUUGUUAAGAAUAAAAAUAGGCAAAAUACACUUGUAUAAUAACCAUAACUUUCACGUUUGUGACAAAUAUAGCUAUAACUAUCCGAAAAUACAAAAUCCUAAAAAUUGGAUGGUCGUGUGGCAAAUAUAGCAAUUUUCGUUAGAAACUUUAACAGUGUUAGAAACUCCGUCAGUUAGGUUAACAUUAGGCUGACUAGGAUACCAAAUCAUCUCACACAUUAGCGAACAGUCAGUAUAUCAUUGCUACGUCAUUUGAGUUAUAAUUAUUAAUUUGGAAAUUAAAAAAAAAUACAAAAUAUUUUUUCCAAACUCUCCUCCCCCUACAACAAUCUUCUGUCAAAGAUCACUUUCCCUCUCCUCUCCCCAACCACCUCUCCAGCCCCUAAAUCUCUAAUCCUCUACCUCUCCACCCACCGCCCCGCUCCGCCCUCUACUCCAUCGCCGUCUCCACCAGUUGCGGGGACUGCUUCUCAAUCUUCGUAAUCUUUAUCGUGCCCAUGAAAGUCGUGGUUGUGGUUUUUACUCUUCUUCUUAAUCUUCUUGGGUUGGGUCUUACCGUGAUAGUUGUCAUCACGACUGAAAAAUUGGGAAAUCGAGGUUGUGGAAGAAGAGUAUUUGGAUCUGGGUUUAGAUUUGCCGUCGCUGGGAGGAAGGUGAGAACAGGGGAUUCAAGUGAAGGAGCUCCUCGUCGGCGAAGGAGAGAUGGGCGGCAGUCAUGACCGCCUGUGAAACCCUCCCUUCAGCUUUGACUCUGAGCUUACUUUUCCCAACGGGUCUUUGAUUGUUCGUGAAUGGGAUUUCCUGCCACUUCUGUGAAUUAGUUCUGCCCUAAAUCGCUAUGGUAAUUUCCCCAAACAAGCUGCAAAUCAACAGUACAAUCGAACGAAGUUUAUUCAACCCAACAACAACAAUCAUCGAUGUUCACGAUUUAUCUCAGAUCAGCUCGUCGACAUAGUGAAGGGAAUGGAAAUAGGAGAGAUGGGCGGCGGCAAUGGCCAAAUGGUGGUCGGAUGCUCUGCUUUGAUGAGCUGCUUUGAAUAAAUGGGGGAAGGCUAAGAGAAUAAAUGGGUGGGUACAGGGUUGUUCCGAUUGUAAUUUUUUCCUCUUUUUUUUGUUUUUAAAGUAAAUUAUGAGGUGAAUA